AGGGGACGAGGGUUGUGGCCCUUGUGGGUGUUAGGUGUGCCGUGGCGGUGGGGCAUAGGGCGGAGACGGCUUGAAGCACAAGCUUUCUUCCUUCCCACUUCCCCCACCCACAAGCCACAACGACCUUUCCAAGCACCACAAGCAAGGGAGGGGAGGAUUGGGUCGUCAAAGGUCAAGAGGCGUUAAAUGGUGUCUCCCUCGGAGACCGGUCAGGCGGGUACACCACCUCCCUCGGCCCCAGAUUCUUCAUCAUCCGCUCCUCCGUCGCCGCCACCAGCAGCACCACAAUCAUCACAAUCGCCAUCACCACCGCAAUCACCACCACCACCGCAAUCACCAUCACCACCACCACUACCACCAUCAGCAACAGCGUCAGAAUCAGUAACACCAAUAGCACGAAAGACAACAGCGGAAGCAGCAUUAGAAACAAUAGCGUCGGCGACGACAGCAGGAACAACGACAGUGGUCGUCGCUACGGGGGCGGUGACAAUGGCAGAUUCGUCGAAUCCUUCGUGGUUCACUCCUAAAAGGUUGCUUGCUAUAUUUUGUGUGAUCAACAUGCUCAACUAUGUUGAUCGAGGAGCAAUAGCAAGCAAUGGUGUGAAUGGAACCCGCAGAACUUGUACAGAUGGCAUAUGCACAAAGGGUACUGGAAUUCAGGGUGCUUUUAACUUGAAUUAUUUUGAAGACGGUGUUCUAUCCUCAGCAUUUAUGGUUGGACUCCUUGUGGCUUCUCCAAUUUUUGCAUCUUUAGCAAAGACGCAUAAUCCAUUUAGACUGAUUGGAGUUGGAUUGUCAGUCUGGACGUUUGCGGCAGCUGGUUGCGGUUGUUCUUUUAAUUUUUGGUCCAUCACAAUUUUCCGCAUGUUAGUUGGUGUUGGUGAGGCCUCGUUCAUAAGUUUGGCUGCUCCUUUUAUCGAUGAUAAUGCCCCUCCUUCUCAGAAAACUGCAUGGCUUGCCAUAUUCUAUAUGUGUAUUCCAACUGGAAUUGCACUGGGCUAUGUAUAUGGAGGCUUGGUUGGAGGCUAUACUAAUUGGCGAGUAGCAUUCUGGGUAGAGGCAUGCUUGAUGCUUCCAUUUGCUAUUCUUGGAUUUGUGAUUAGGCCUCUGCAAUUGAAAGGCUUUUUUCCAUCUUCAAAAUCUUCAAUUAUGCCAAGCGUUCAAGAGGCAUUGGUAGACAGCAAAGAUGGAGGAGUAAAGGUUGAUGGGGAUGCUUCUACUGCGAGUGAUGAUAGGAGCAAGAAGAAGUCAUCUUUGUCCAACGGUGCAUCAAAGGUUAUGAAGCAAGUUUCGAGGUUCUGGGGUGAUCUAAAAGUACUUCUGGCUGACAAGGUCUACGUUGUAAAUGUUUUAGGGUACAUAUCAUACAACUUUGUUAUUGGUGCCUAUUCAUAUUGGGGGCCGAAGGCUGGUUAUGCUAUCUAUAACAUGAGCAAUGCAGAUUUGCUUUUUGGAGGAAUCACAAUUGUAUGUGGGAUAUUUGGAACAUUAGCUGGAGGCUACAUUCUAGAUCACAUAAAUUCUACUAUCCGCAACGCAUUUAAGCUUCUCUCUGGUGCAACUUUAUUUGGAGCUGUAUUUUGCUUUUCGUCUUUCUUGUCACCCAAAUUAUAUGGUUUUGUGAUCCUUUUCUCAAUUGGCGAGUUGCUUGUUUUUGCAACACAGGCUCCUGUGAACUAUGUAUGCCUUCAUUGUGUCAAACCCAGUUUGAGACCACUCUCGAUGGCUAUGUCUACUGUCUCUAUCCAUAUUUUUGGAGAUGUGCCCUCAUCACCACUUGUUGGUGUUCUUCAGGACUAUGUGAAUAACUGGAGGGAAACUGCCCUUAUACUGACAUCUAUUCUGUUCAUAGCUGCAGCUAUAUGGUUUGGAGGCAUUUUUCUUCAUAGUGUGGACCGUUUUAAUGAAGAUGACGAUCUCAAGGAAGUUAGCACGCUGGAAAGUUCAAACCGGACUCCUUUGCUGGAUGUUGGCAUCGAGGCUUGAAAUAAACCAAAACGCUUAUUGUCCAAGCAAGGCUGCAGAUUUGUUUCAGCUGUCAGAAGGUUAUGCUUUGGAAUGGAAGCGUAAGGAGUACUUACACUACAUAAAGCGGUGGCAGUGGAUCAGCCUUACUCUAUUGUAUAUAUGUAUGGAACUGGAUGCUUUCAGCAUCAGGGUUCGGCCAAAUGUGAAAGGUGGAGCCGGUUCGGUGCAGUCUGAGUUUGCAAGACACCUAGAAUUUGUUUGGGUAAUUUGAUUGCUGUAAUGCAUGUAAAUUCAGGUUUGUUUCCGUCAAAAUAUUUUUCUGGUCGUUUAUAGUUUCAAGCAUGAAAUCUGAUGCACAUAACAGAAAACCCUUGUAAAUUCCUUCAUUUUAUUCCAGUGGCAGCUGUCGCUGCAAUUAUUAUCA